AUGGCAGAUCUUAACUUUGAUGUUUUAAAAGCUCAGGCUGAGGAACUAGGCCUUAAAGGAAAUGAUAUUGCUCAUUUACCAGUUUUUAAAGAUGGAGAAGACAUCACUUCAUACUUAAUUAGAUUUGAGCGCAUUGCUAACUUGUUAAAUUUUAAAGAAGAAACUUAUGCUAUCAGAUUGGGAAGUUUGUUAACAGGAAAGGCUGUUGAUAUAUACACCUCACUGCCUCCAGAAACAACAGCCGAUUACCAGUUAUUAAAGAAAGCUCUCUUAAGGGAUCUGCGUGUUUUUGUAAAGGAGCAUAACGUCUCCUCCUUAGCUGAUGCGGUAAGCCUGUCAGAUAAUUGGUCAUCUGCUCAUAGUGCUUACCCCAGGUCAUAUCAAUCAUCUGAACAAGCGUACAAGCAAUAUCACCCAAUUCCAACUCACAAAGUCGGAUUUUGUCUAAGUGACAGGGAAAAUUCAAAGUUCAUGACAGCUGGUACAGUGAAUGGGGCUUGGGUAUCCACAGUUCUCAGAGAUACGGGGUGCACAUGUGUUAUUGUAUCUCACAAGGUGUUACCAGAUGUUGAUCUCUCUAGGGCUGAUCUGGUGGGGAUCGAAGAUUAUUUAGGCCGGGUGGAUUACUUCCCCAAAACUAAAUGCUACCUGAAUUGUCCCUAUUUUAAAGGUUGGAUUGAUGUGGUGCGAGCACCAAUUAAAUUCUGUAGCGUCCUGAUUGGAAAUGUACCAGGGGUAUAUAGUCCCAAAUUAUCUCCAGAUUCUGAAGUAACUGAACGUUCAAAUGUCCCUCUUGAUAUUCCUGUGCCAUUCAGACUAGAUCCUCCAAAGCAGAAAUGUCAUUCUCUCACUAAAUUUUGGGAAAAAGUAAAGUCUGAAGAACAUGAUAAGAUGCGUGAUGGUACGGUGUUUAAGUUUGAGCAAAUAAAUGGUUUGCUGUACCGUACAUGUGUUGCUUCAAAGCACUGUGAAAGAGUUGGUAAAUCUUCUCUGGUAGUACCCAGUAAAUGUAGAGCCAUCAUUCUCGCAGUAGGUCAUGAGAGCCCCUUAGCCGGUCAUUUCUCCCAUCGGAAAUCAGAAAUGCGUAUUAGGGACCAUUUCUAUUGGCCAAACAUGGGAGCUGAAAUCCGAGACUUUUGUAAGUCUUGCGACAAGUGUCAAAGGAUGUCAAGUAGAGGUAGGGUAAGACCAGUGCCAUUAAAACCCAUGCCCAUUUUAACGGAGCCUUUCUCUCGUGUCUCCAUAGACUUGGUAGGACCGAUUUCUCCUCCAUCUUCUGAGGGUCACCGUUAUAUUUUAACUUUGAUAGAUUUUGCGACUGGGUUUCCAGAAGCAUUGCCUCUCAAAGAGAUAGAUUCAAUAUCUGUAGCUGAAGCCCUUAUGGUGAUCUUUUCAAGGGUCGGUAUUCCUCGGGAAAUUUUGUCUGAUCGAGGAAGGCAAUUUGUUUCUCAACUAAUGGGCGAACUGCAUAAAUUAUUGGGUGUAAAGCCACUUUUUACAACUCCCUAUCAUCCUAGUGGGAAUGGAAGGGUGGAAAGGUUUCAUGCAACACUAAAAGCCUCCUUAAGGAAAUUGUGUAGUGACAAACCACGAGAAUGGCACCGUUAUCUUGUCCCCACAUUAUUCGCUAUGCGAGAGAUUCCUAGCGAUCGAACUGGGUUUUCUGCUUUUGAGCUACUUUAUGGACGGACAGUCCGGGGACCUCUUUCAGUCUUAAGGGACUUGUGGGAAGACACAACCAUGAGAGAUGAUGUUAGAUCUUCCUUUCAAUAUGUGAUUGAAUUGAAAGACAAGCUGGAGGAGUGUGCUAAAAUUGCAGCUCAAAAUGCUGAGAUUAGUUCCUCUAAAUUCAAAUCUUAUUUUGACUUGAAAUCUCAGGAUAGGAAGUUUAGUCCAGGUGAGGAAGUUCUUGUGCUCCUCCCUGAUAAUCAAAACAAGUUGCUCAUGUCUUGGAGUGGCCCUUAUACUGUUCUGGAAUGUCGAAAUAAGGUGAAUUAUCUUAUCGAUGAAGGUGGAAAACAGAAGUUGCUUCAUGCUAACCUUCUUAAGAAGUAUCAUAGGAGAGCAACAAGUUCCCAACCUAAUGUUAUGGACGAGGAAAGUAAGAUAGAUGCUGAAAUGAACCCACAAAUAGUCCAGAAUUGUAUUCUUGAAGAUACUGAAUUGAGCGAUAGCAAUUUUCCUCUAACUUCUGAUGGAGAAGAGCCCAUCUUGCCUGAGAGUGAUCAACCUGAGAUUUGUUCUGACCUUUCAGCAGAACAGAAAUCUGAUAUUGAUUCAGUAAUUGCAGAGUUUGUAGAUGUAUUUUCAUUAACUCCAGGUUGCACAAACACCCUUGAACAUGAUAUUGAAGUUAACACCACAGAGCGUAUAAAGUCUAAGGUUUAUCCCAUUCCUAUACAUCUAAAGCCUCACUUCGAAGAUGAAGUUGACCAAUUGCUUGAACAAGGGAUUAUACAGCUAUCAUCAUCUCCCCAUUCAUCUCCUGUAGUCAUGGUAAAAAAGUCUGAUGGUAGCUAUCGUAUGGCCAUAGAUUAUCGAGCUGUUAACUCCGUAACUAAUUUUCAUGCUGAACCAGCUUGCACUAUGGAGGAAGACUUGUACAAGUUUUCAGGAUGUAAUUACUUCUCUGAAUUAGAUCUUACGAAGGCUUACUAUCAAGUUAAACUUUCUGAGAAGGCCAGACCUUUAACAGCAUUUCCUUCACACAAGGGUCUUAUGGAGUUUUGUCGUAUGCCUUUCGGAUUGGUAAAUGCUUGUGCCACUUAUAUCCGCCUUAUGCGCAUUGUUUUGGCUGGUUUAAAGAAUGUUUCCUUCUAUUUUGACAAUAUUUUCAUCCAUACUAAAACAUGGGAUGAACAUAAAGAUGCAAUUGUUUCAGUGUUAAAGAGAUUACGUGAACAUAACCUCACUGCAAAGCCAUCAAAAUGCAGAUUUGGCUUUAAGUCUAUUGAGUACUUGGGUUUUAUUCUUGAUGGAAACUACUUGCAUCCUAAACUCGAUAAAAUAGAAGCUAUACUUAAUCUACCUCCUCCUUGCACAAAGAAGACCUUAAGAUCUUUCCUUGGUUUGAUUUCAUUCUAUAGAAUGUUUAUUCCACAAGCAGCUUCACUGACAAGCUCUUUAUCUGAUUUGUUGCGUAAAAAUGUCAGGGAACCACUGAAAUGGACGGACGAAUUGACUAAGGUAUUUGAACAGUUAAAAGCUGCACUAGCUUCAAAACCCGUAUUAAAGUUACCUGAUGCUUCCCAUCCUUUUGUCUUACGUACAGAUUCAUCAGAUGUUGGGCUUGGAGCUGUUCUUCUACAGUACGUCGAUGGUCAUCCAUUUCCUGUGGCGUACGCUAGUCGGAAACUAUUAGAUAGAGAGAAGAGGUACUCGACUAUUGAGAAAGAAGGCUUGGCUAUAAUGUUCGGUAUCCACCGAUUUAGAUAUUACCUAAUGGGUCAAGAAUUUAUCCUGGAAGUGGAUCACAAGCCAUUAAUUUAUAUCAAUAAAUUCAAGGGGUCGAAUAACAGACUUUUACGGUGGUCGUUAAGCUUGCAACCUUAUCGCUUCCGUUUGGUUCACGUUGCAGGGCGUGAUAAUCUUGGAGCGGAUCUCCUUAGUCGUUCCGGAAAUUAA